UUAAUGCGGUUUAUGGAAAGGGCAUUUCUCAGCACUAUUCUCCAAGGACACGGUCCAGCCAAGGAUGGUUUGGGUGGGGAGAGGUGAGGGGGAAACACGUACAGGAUAAAAGAGCUGUUUUCUGGAGACUUGUCAAGAACUGAGAGUGCGGAACAGGGAAUGGGGAAGAGGCGUAAUAAGACGCAAAGUCUAGGGUUGGAAAGGCGACCACACAGUACAAAAGAAAAGUGGGUUCGAUUUUUCUAGAGCGGCUUCAAAAGGAAUCUCGGGGGAGCCCUGCAGGGGGGCGCAGGCUAAGGGCAGAUACUCAGCUGCUCCCAAUAGGGGGCGGGGAGCGCCCAGCCCCAGUGGCGCAGCCGGGACUCCCCGCCGCACUGCUCGCCCCCCUUGGCGUUCCACGUCCUCCAGGGCUCUCCCCAAGCCCUCCCUUCCCCCUCUCCAAACAACCCGACUCCUCCCCGGCUCCUCGGCUCUCCCGCCUCGCCCGCCGGGCCCUCUAGUCGGCGUCCCCGGGCCCGCUCCUCGCUCUGCGCCCUGCUUGCGCGCAGCCUCUAGCGGCGCGUCAUUGCGAGGCCGGCCUCGGCGCGCCUCCCUCCCUCCCUCCAACCCCCGGCCCCAGCCCUGCACGAUCAGAAGCGCGAACGCCGCGGCAGCCACCCUCCAGCCGGCGGCCAGAGGCGCAGUCCCUAGGCCCUGGAGCACGGGCGGGCCCCUGGGGAGUCGGCGCCGCUCCAGCAGAGCCGCGAGGCCAGCCUCUGCCCGGCGCCGAGGGCGCGGAGGACAUCCCUGGUGAUCUUGGAAGAGUCCGUAUCAUGGAAUCGAUCUCUAUGAUGGGAAGCCCUAAGAGCCUUAGCGAAACUUUUUUGCCUAAUGGCAUGAAUGGUAUCAAAGAUGCAAAGAAGGUCACUGUAGGUGUAAUUGGAAGUGGAGAUUUUGCCAAAUCCCUGACCAUUCGACUUAUUAGAUGUGGCUAUCAUGUGGUCAUAGGAAGCAGAAAUCCUAAAUUUGCUUCUGAAUUUUUUCCUCAUGUAGUAGAUGUCACUCACCAUGAAGAUGUUCUAGUAAAAACAAAUAUAAUAUUUGUUGCUAUACAUAGAGAACAUUACACCUCCCUUUGGGACCUGAGACAUCUGCUUGUGGGUAAAAUCCUGAUUGACGUGAGCAAUAACAUGAGGAUAAAUCAGUACCCAGAAUCCAAUGCUGAAUAUUUGGCUUCAUUAUUCCCGGACUCCUUGAUUGUGAAAGGAUUUAAUGUUGUCUCAGCUUGGGCACUUCAGUUAGGACCUAAGGAUGCCAGUCGGCAGGUUUAUAUAUGCAGCAACAAUAUUCAAGCUAGACAACAGGUUAUUGAACUUGCGCGUCAGUUGAAUUUCAUUCCCGUUGACUUGGGAUCAUUAUCAUCAGCCAGGGAGAUUGAAAAUUUACCCCUGCGACUGUUUACUCUUUGGAGAGGACCAGUGGUGGUAGCCAUAAGCCUGGCCACAUUUUUCUUUCUUUACUCCUUUGUCAGAGAUGUGAUACAUCCAUAUGCUAGAAACCAGCAGAGUGACUUUUACAAGAUUCCUAUUGAGAUUGUGAAUAAAACCUUGCCCAUAGUUGCCAUUACUUUGCUGUCCCUAGUAUACCUGGCAGGUCUUCUGGCAGCUGCUUAUCAGCUUUAUUAUGGAACCAAAUAUAGGAGAUUUCCACCUUGGUUAGAGACCUGGUUACAGUGUAGAAAGCAGCUUGGGUUACUAAGCUUUUUCUUCGCUUCGGUCCACGUUGCCUACAGCCUCUGCUUACCGAUGAGAAGGUCAGAGAGAUACUUGUUUCUCAACAUGGCUUAUCAGCAGGUUCAUGCAAAUAUUGAAAACUCUUGGAACGAGGAGGAAGUUUGGAGGAUUGAAAUGUAUAUCUCCUUUGGCAUAAUGAGCCUUGGCUUGCUUUCCCUCCUGGCUGUCACCUCCAUCCCUUCAGUGAGCAAUGCUUUAAACUGGAGGGAAUUCAGUUUUAUUCAGUCGACACUUGGCUAUGUGGCUCUGCUCAUAAGUACUUUCCAUGUUGUAAUUUAUGGAUGGAAACGAGCUUUUGAAGAAGAGUACUACCGGUUUUACACACCACCAAACUUUGUUCUUGCUCUUGUUUUGCCCUCAAUUGUAAUUCUGGGUAAGAUCAUUUUACUCCUUCCAUGUAUAAGCCGAAAGCUAAAGAGAAUUAAAAAAGGCUGGGAAAAGAGCCAAUUUCUAGAAGAAGGUAUUGGAGGAGCAGUUCCUCAUCUCUCACCAGAGAGGGUUACAGUAAUGUGAUGAUAAAUGGUGCUCGCUGAUGCCAUGUAAAUUUCUGUUUAUGCCAUUCUUUUUGACUUCUUUUAUCUUCACUUGGAAGGGCACUGUCAAAUUGCUGUGGGCCGAAACCGGUUCAGUGAGAUCUCAACUGAAUUAGUAGUAGAAUUUUCUUCAGAUUUAUUUUCACAAAUGUCCUAUUUUACCAACAUGAAUUUUUAUAGUCAUCUUACUGUUGAAAUGUAGGUAUGUUUUGUUUUCUUUUGGACAACCAUGAUACUAUUGUUAUUUUAACAAACUAUAUUCCAUAAUCAGGCAGAAAUAUUUAUAGUUAACAAUAUGGAUACAACAUAAUGUUAAAAAACUUUGCAAACCAGCAGAAUUUUAAGUUUUAAUAUAAUCCAAUGGAUUUUUUUUUCUGAAGCUUAAGUAAGGUUUUAAUUGUUAUCCAACUUAAGAAACAGGAAUGCAUAAUCAUCCAUUAUUUUUAAGAAAAGCACACAUUACAUUAGCAUCUAGGUAAGGAUGCAUGGUAACAUCCCCAGAUUUCUUUCAUAAGAUAGGGUUUGAAAAAUGUAAUUUACUGUGAAUCAAUGUGAUUUGUGAACAAACACAACUUAAAGAGACAACUGAACUUGAAAUUAUAUUUAAAAUGCAUCAGAGACAUGAAAUACAUACUGAUAAUGUGUGCCUCAUGAAAGAUUUUAUUCUUUAUCUUGUUACAGAGAAGUUUUAUUUGCAUGUUCAUAAGCUGAUCAGGGAGAAGACAGUAAUAUAUGGCCUCCAAAACGGCUUUUCCUAAUACAUUAACAAUCCUAGGAAUCUUACAGUUGUUUCUGGUUUGAGGGAAAGUGUUCAGUUUACACACGAGUAGCUGUUUGUCAGCUGAUCUAUGUUGCUGCACCUUAGUCAGUCAUGCUCUGUAUGGUGGAGGAUUUUUCUAACAUUCACUGAGGGAUUAUAACAUGCCAGGCACUGUUCUAAGCACUUUAUUUGUAUUAUCCCAUUUAGUACUUCCAAUAACGCCAUGACAGAGGCAGUUAUCCUCCUUUUACAUAUAAGAAAACUGAAGGAUAGAAAAGUUAAGUAAUUUGUCCAAGGUCAUGCAGUUAGUGAGUGACAGAGCCAGCAUUCAAGUCCAGACAGUCACAUUUUAGAGGCUACAGUUUCAACCACGAGGCUGUGUGGCCCCUGCCCCAUCCCCAUGCCUACCUAUCUAGAUGAUCCCUCUUUUGUGUAAAGACAUUGACAUUCUUUACAGUGUGUUGGUGGUGUCAAAAUAUAUAUGAAAUUAUUAUAAUCAUAAAUUUAUUAUUGUGGGAUAAUCCACACUUACCAUGAGAGAGGAUCUUGCCUGGGACAGGACUCUGGAGACCCAUGGCAGUCCAUACACCUCCCUCUGGCAGUGAGGGACUCCAGCAGAGAUAGGACCAUAAUAGUUUUAAUGAAUGAAUGGCUGAGGUCCUAUGGAAUCUUAAAAAGUCCCUGUAGAGUUGGUUAUCUCUUUUCCUCUUUCUGAGAAGUCCUCCUGCCUGCUCAGCCAUUCAUUAGGGAGCACGCUGCAAGCAUGAAGGAUAUUUGGAUGAGUGUUUAAUUAUAAAUCUACUCUAGAGACACAUAAUCAUAUAAAUUAUUCAUAAAAUUUUCACUGCUGACAUUCCACAUUAAAAUUGCAUUCUGUCCAUACUUUGGUUAGAAUGCCCUACAUUUUUUUUCCAUUUGCUCUUCCCUUAUUAAAACUAGAAAGUUGAAGACAGGAUACAAUUAUAUGCAUUCCUUUCCUGAAAUUACAACAUUUCUAAACUUACCCACUUAAGGUAGUGCUGAAUCCAGCUGCCAAAAAUAAAAGAACUAUACUUAGUGGAGGCCACCUUUCCUACCAGUGGCUCUUUCACUAUCACUGCAUCAUGUUGGUUUGGUAAAUCACUCAUGAUUCUCUGAUGUUCUCUUCUUGGUGAAUUUUAAUAUCUUGUACUUUUUAAUUGAGUUUUUCAUUUUCUUUGUUUUAAUUAUAUUCUUUCCCUCUUAAGAAUCACUUGUUAGUGUGCAAUAAGGAUUCAGUUGGGUGAUAACUUAAAGGCAAACACCUAUAAACUAUAUAGUGGACUAGUGAAAUUAGCAGUUUAAUACUUUGUUCCUUAAGUUCCACUCCCUUAAGCUCAUGCUUUCACCAGUUAAUGUGAAAAUACAAUGAAAUACUUUUAAAAGUUAGAUGACUGCUGAACUAUAUUGUUGCAUGUAUGUAUUAGUUAGCCAAUAGUAUAAAUACAGUUAUCAGUAUUACAGAUAAAAGGGGCCUUUGAAGAUAUGAGAAAACAGAGUUUAUCAAAAUGUAUAUGACAUGUAGCUUUUGUUAUAAAUGGUAAUAUCUCCUUUUCAGUACUACAAAGAUGAAAUAAUUUUGAAGUUUUAGAAUAGACAUAAUAUAUUCAUUAUAAUUCUAAAUGUAUAAAAGUCCUUCUAAAAAUGCAAAAAUAUUGACUUUUAAUUGCUUGACUUAAAUGACUUUUUAUUGCUUUAUUUUACUAUUUCCUACCUGAUUAUUUUCCUUAAUCAUUAUUUCUCAUAAUUAUCCCUUUAAAAUCAUCACUUUGGCCUCAGAAGUAGGACUGUAUUCUGCUCUUACUAGAUGUGAGAAAGUAGUGAGAAAUUUAAAGUAUUGGGAUUUGUUUCCUAAAUUGUAUUUGGAGAAGUGCCCCUGAGAAGAUUAUAAGAAUGUAGAAAAUACAUCCAGUCUUAAUCCUAUGCAAAAAAAUUAAGUAGUUUUUUUCCUAAAAGGAAGUUAAUCAUGGACUGAAUCAUACUACUUAGCUUUUGUGUACCGAUUUCAUGUCUCCUGUAUUAAGAAUAUUUAAAAUCAUGUUUAAAUAAGAAUAUAUUCAUGCUAACAUAUAUUUUUCAAAGCAUAUAUGGAAAUUAGCCUAGAUUAUCUACAUGUAGAGAUUUUUAUUUAAAUUUUACAAUAUUUUAAAGUAUGAAUAAAUUAUAUUUAUAGGUGUUUAUCAGAGAUAAUUAUUUUGUGCUACGUAUGGAAUUGGUUAAUGAGCUAGUGUUAAAUUACCUGAUUAAUUUCUUAUAAAUUAGCAUAAUCUUGAGUUAAGGAAUUUUACUUUCAAAAUUAAUUUGAUAAUAGUAACUUAAUGUAUGUUCAUCCUAACAAUCAAAUUAUAAAAAUUAUUUGUGUAAAAGGGCUUCAAGAAUAUAUCAUAUCCAAUUUUUAUAUUGUUUACCUCUUAUAUAAUAUGAUAAAUCUUAAUUAUUUUAAUUGCCAUUUGCCAUUAAACUAUUUCAUAAUAAAUUCUGUACAGAGAGUUCUCCCCUCAAAGGUUUUAUUUGUGAAACCUAAAGUUUCUUAUGUAAUGUUUUAAAUAAAGUACCGUAAGUGUAAUCCGUAAAUCCUUCUUUAAGAAUACUAUGGACACUGAACUUGUGUCAGUCUAUGAAAUCUCUGUAUUGAAAUAAGCAUUUAAACAGCCUCAAAUGUCAUGUUGAAAUUAUUUUGUAUAUUCAUGACUUAAAGCAGUGCAACACAUAGUAUAAUAUACCCCAGUCUAGUGUUAAGAUUUAUAUUUGUGAUGUAUUGUCUUCAAAAUUAGAUGCUCCAUCCUCAGUUGUUCAUAAGUCAGUAGAGCAAAUUCUGGAACAUAUUCAGUAUAUGAAAUUGCUCUAAAUGAAACUGUAAUAAUAUUAGUGGAAACACAAUUUGUUCAUACCUUUGAACAGUGAAUUUUAUAUUAAUGAAUAGGUUCUUCCAUUUUUUUUAAUGCAGGAAAACUAUAAAGUGCUAAUAUUCAGAGAUUCUGUUGAUACAAUACCAAAAAAUGUUUUGUUCAGCCUAACAUAUGUAUCCCACCCCUCACCAUGGUUUCACUUUCAUUGAUUUCAGUUAUAGUCAACCAUGGUCUGAAAAUAUUAAAUGGAAAAUUCAGAAAUAAACAAUUCAUGACAUUUUAAAUUGUGUGCCAUUCUGAGUAGCAUGGUGAAAUCUCGGGCCUUCCCUCUCCAUCCUGCCCAGGACAUGAAUCAUCCCUUUGUUCGGUGUUUCCUUCCCAUUCAUCACUUAGUAUCCAUCUCAGUUACCAGAUCCACUCUUCAGGUAUCCUAGUGCUUAUAACCUUUAUUUUACUUAAUAAUAGCCCCAGAGUGCAAGAGUAGUGACACUAGAAAUUCGGAUUUGACAAAGAAGUUGUUAAGUACUCCCUCUAAGUGAAAAGGUGGACAUUUUCAACUUAAUAAGGAAAGAAAAAAAUCAUAUGCUGAGGCUGGUAAGAUACGCAGUAAGAAUGAAUCUUCUAUCCAUGAAAUUGUGAAGAAGGAAAAAGAAAUUCUUCACAAAUUCUGUUGCACCUCAAACUGCAAAAGUUACUGCUACAGUGCAUGACAAGUGCUUAGUCAUGCACUGUGGAAAAGGUAUUAAAUAUGUACAAUAAGAUAUUUUGAGAGAGACCACAUUCACAGUAUACUGUUAUUAUUUUUCUAUUUUAUUAUUAAUUAUUGCUGUUAAUCUUUUACUGUGCCUAACUUAAAAAUUAAACUUAAUCACAGGUAUGUGUGUAUAGGGAAAAACAUAGUAUAUAUCAAGUUUGCUACUAUCUGCAGUUCCAGGCAUCCACUGGGGGUCUUGGAACAUAUCCCCUGCGGAUAAGGGGAGAUUACUACACUGAGAUUUUUUAACUUUCCGAAUCAUUGGAUUAACAUCAUGCAGUCAUCCAAAUUAGGCCAGACUAUUUGGAUUCUCCCAGUGGCUAGAUAGGCUAAGGUAAACCACCAAAGCAGAUUUUUUUUUAUGAUUUACAAAUUCACAAAUCCAAGGAGGUAUUUUCUUAAGAUUUUCUUUAUAGGUCUUUAAUGGCUUUGCAGAUAUCCAGCAUGAACAAGGAAUGGAAGUUGUCUUCCAAUGUCUAGUUACCCUACUUUAAAACCCGCUGCCUUUAACAUUCCUCAACUGCCCUUGCAGUUAGGUGUUCCCGUGUGCCUGAGUGUUGGCUCGUGAGAUGUAGGGGUACCUGUGAGUGACUUCCUGGAAGUCUCUUCAAAGAAAAGCAGCAUGCGUUGUUUAUCUUAUUCCUCCAUCUUGCUGCCAAAGUUGUGGAUAUAACAGGAGCCCUUUCAAAUAUCCAAGAAGAGCAAGGUCAAACCCUAAGGAAAGCAUGUUGGAGACUAAAAAAGAUCUUGACUGUGUCACUACUUCAACUGCAUUUUCCUGUAUUUAAGCCAUUGUAAAUUUGGGUUUCCCUAUAUGAAGUCAAAACUAACCCAUUCUGGCCCUUCAGUUCUUUGUCAUGAUACCAUUUAGCACUGUUUGAAUAAACUAGAUUGCAAUAAUUCUUACCUUUAAAAGUUUUUAAAGGAUAAUGUGCAAUUCACAUUAGAAUUGAUUUUCCAUUGUUAAUUAAUUGUACUCAUUUUCUUGCCUUGACCUUUCAUUAGGUAUUUUGUAUCUGCUUGGAAAAUAUUGUCUUCUUUAUAACUGUGUAAUAAAUAUUUGCUAAAACUCUGUAAUCUCCAAAAUAUCGCUAUCAAAUUACAUGCCAUGUUUUUAUAUCAUUCUCAUAGAUCUGCCUUAUAAACAUCUAAAUAAAAAGUACUAUUUAAUGUGA